GCGCCGGGCUGCAGUGCGGCUGCGCGCACUGGGCUGCCUCCGGGGCUGGCAGGGCAGCGGUGGCCGCGGCGGCGGCGGCGGUGGCGGCGUGGGGAGUGGCGUGGAGCCGAGCCUGGGGCUGCAGCAGCGCGGGGCCCCCGGAGUAGAAAGCCCCGGGGGCAAGAAAGGAAGGCCAGGCCGCCAGGUCCCUGAGCAACCGUUCUCCUUGGAUUUGGGGGAGCCCUGCCCCCCCACCUCGUGUUCAGACGCCCCCUCCUCACCCCCCCCAAGCCCCGGCCGCUGACGGGAGGAGGCGGCGGCGGCGGCGGCGGCGGGGGGCUGAGGGGCGCCGCCAUGCCUCUCCCGCGGUGAAGCGCCCCGGCCGUAAGGAGCCGCUCGGUCUCCCCGGUGAUGUCCCCCAGGCGGCAGGCGAAAGCGACUCACUCGAGCCCUGGGCGAUGGCAGAGGAACAACAACAGCCGCCACCACAGCAGCCUGAUGCCCAUCAGCAGCCUCCCCCCAGCGCCCCCAACUCGGGGGUGGCUCUGCCAGCCCUUGUGCCCGGGCUGCCAGGGACAGAGGCCAGCGCGCUGCAACACAGGAUCAAGAACUCCAUCUGCAAAACUAUACAAUCUAAAGUGGACUGCAUUUUGCAAGAAGUUGAGAAGUUUACAGACCUAGAGAAACUCUACCUCUACCUUCAGCUGCCUUCUGGUCUCAGCAAUGGAGAGAAAAGUGAUCAGAAUGCCAUGUCAUCUAGUCGGGCACAGCAAAUGCAUGCCUUUUCCUGGAUUCGGAAUACCCUAGAGGAGCAUCCUGAGACUUCACUGCCCAAACAGGAAGUCUAUGAUGAGUACAAGAGCUAUUGUGACAAUCUUGGUUACCAUCCAUUAAGUGCUGCUGACUUUGGAAAGAUCAUGAAAAAUGUCUUUCCAAACAUGAAGGCACGUCGUCUGGGCACGAGAGGCAAAUCUAAGUAUUGCUACAGUGGACUAAGAAAAAAAGCUUUUGUUCAUAUGCCAACACUGCCCAAUCUUGAUUUUCACAAAACUGGGGAUGGGUUGGAAGGAGCUGAACCUUCUGGGCAGCUUCAAAAUAUUGAUGAGGAAGUUAUCACUUCUGCUUGCCGUCUUGUGUGUGAGUGGGCCCAGAAAGUGUUAAGCCAGCCAUUUGACACGGUCUUGGAAUUAGCCCGCUUCCUUGUAAAAAGUCACUAUAUAGGCACCAAGUCGAUGGCAGCUCUAACUGUAAUGGCCGCAGCACCACCAGGAAUUAAAGGAAUUACCCAGCCUUCUGCUUUUAUACCUACAGCUGAAAGUAAUUCCUUUCAGCCCCAAGUGAAGACUCUGCCAUCUCCUAUUGAUGCUAAACAGCAAUUGCAACGGAAAAUCCAGAAGAAGCAACAAGAACAGAAACUACAAUCCCCUUUGCCAGGAGAAUCCUCAGCAAAAAAAUCAGAAGGCGCUACAACCAAUGGAGUGACUAGUCUUUCUAAUGGAAAUCCUGCAAUCCUCUCUCCUCAGCCUAUCGGUAUCGUUGUGGCAGCUGUCCCUAGUCCCAUUCCGGUCCAGCGGACCAGGCAACUGGUAACUUCACCAAGUCCAAUGAGUUCUUCUGACGGCAAAGUUCUUCCCCUCAAUGUACAGGUGGUCACUCAGCACAUGCAGUCUGUGAAGCAGGCACCAAAGACUCCUCAGCACGUCCCAGCCAGUCCUGGGGGGGAUCGCUCUGCUCGGCACCGCUACCCUCAGAUCUUACCCAAACCAGCCAACACCAGUGCCCUCACCAUCCGCUCUCCAACUACUGUCCUCUUUACUAGUAGUCCCAUCAAAACCGCUGUUGUACCCACGUCACACGUGAGUUCUCUAAAUGUGGUGAAAAUGACAGCAAUAUCCCUCACACCCAGCAACAGUAGUGCCCCUCUGAAACAUUCUGCCUCAGUAAACAGUGCUGCAGGAACAACGGAAGAAUCAAGGACCAUUCCACAGAUCAAGAAUGGUUCUGUUGUUUCACUUCAGUCUCCUGGAUCCAGGACCAGCAGCACCGGGGGACCAUCUGCUGUGGAAGUCAAAAUGGAACCUGAGAUGUCAUCGGAUGAGCAUCCUGUACAGUGCCAAGAGAACUCUGAUGGGGCUGACGUGCCCCAAACAACACCUAGUGCCCUCUCGGGGCAGAAAAGUAAUACAGAGGGAGUAGUGCAAAAACCUUCAAAUGAAGGUGUUAUUGAAAUAAAAGCAACUAAGGUCUGUGACCAGAGGACCAAAUGUAAAAAUCGCUGUAAUGAAAUUCUGCCAGGCACUUCAACAGGCAAUAAUCAAAGCACUAUCACUCUCUCAGUUGCCACUCAGAACUUAACUUUCACCAGCACCAGCUCACCAUCUAAUGGUGACUCAAUAAAUAAAGACCCUAAAUUAUGCACUAAAAGUCCAAGAAAGCGGCUGUCUUCUGCAUUGCAAGAGUCCCAGGUGCCUCCUGUAAAGAAACCAAUCGUGGAACAGCUUUCUGCAGUUAUCUCGGAAGGUCAGAAACCAGGCAGUGUUAAGAAGGACCAAAAGGUUCCGCAUUCAGGGAAAACGGAAAGUUCAGCAGCAGGUUCUCAGAUUCCUAGCAAGGUAUCAACAAAUGUUAACUCGCACGUAGUGGCAAGUCAACCCUUGAAGUCCUCUGCUCUUGUUACCAGUGAUUUAGCUUCAGAGCAGCAAACCACACCAUCAUCAUCUCCAGAUAUAAAAGUAAAGCUUGAAGGCAGUGUCUUUCUCUUGGACAGUGAUUCAAAAUCGCAUGGCAGCUUUAACCCAAAUGAAUGGCAACAGGUCACUAAGGAUUCUGAGUUUAUAUCUGCCGGCUGUGAACAACAGCAAGAUAUCAGUGUUAUGACAGUUCCUGAGCACUCUGAUAUCAAUGACUUAGAGAAGUCUGUCUGGGAAUUAGAAGGAAUGCCACAGGACACGUAUUCCCAGCAACUACACAGCCAGAUACAAGAAUCUUCUUUGAGUCAACUGCAAGCACAGUCUUCAGAUCAGUUACCUCUACAGUCCGAACUGAAGGAGUUCGAGCCUUCUGUUUCCCAAGCAAAUGAAAGCUACUUUCCUUUCGAUGAGGAGCUGACACAGGACAGUAUUGUAGAGGAGCUGGUGCUCAUGGAGCAACAGAUGUCAAUGAACAAUUCUCACGCUUACGGUAACUGUUUGGGAAUGACCCUUCAGAGUCAGUCCGUGACUCCAGGCGCGCCAGCGUCAUCUCACGCCCCCAGCACCCACUUCUAUCACCCCAUCCGUAGCAAUGGCACCCCGAUCCCCACCCCCACCCCGACCCCCACCCCGACCCCGACCCCCACCCCCACCCCCACCCCCACAUCUGAAGUGGUUGCCGGGUCUCAGAGCCUGUCACGGGAGAGCCCUUGCUCCAGGUUGGCCCAGACCACGCCCGUGGAUAGUGCUUUAGGAAGUAGCCGACAUACACCCAUCGGUACUCCCCAUUCUAACUGCAGCAGCAGUGUCCCUCCCAGCCCCGUGGAAUGCAGGAAUCCAUUUGCAUUUACCCCAAUAAGCUCCAGUAUGGCAUAUCAUGACGCCAGCAUUGUCUCAAGUAGUCCUGUGAAACCGAUGCAGAGACCCAUGGCCACACACCCCGACAAAACCAAGCUUGAAUGGAUGAAUAAUGGGUACAGUGGGGUUGGUAAUUCAUCCGUUUCUGGCCAUGGCAUUCUCCCAAGCUAUCAGGAACUAGUGGAAGACCAUUUCAGGAAACCUCAUGCUUUUGCUGUGCCUGGACAGUCUUACCAGUCUCAAUCCAGACAUCAUGACACUCAUUUUGGUCGUCUGACUCCUGUCUCUCCUGUGCAGCAUCAAGGUGCCACUGUAAGUAACACCAACAAACAGGAGGGCUUUGCGGUCCCUGCCCCUCUUGAUAAUAAAGGAACUAACUCUUCGGCCAGCAGCAACUUCCGGUGCCGAAGCGUGAGCCCUGCUGUUCAUCGCCAACGUAAUCUUAGUGGAAGCACCCUCUACCCAGUAUCUAAUAUCCCCCGAUCUAAUGUGACCCCCUUUGGAAGUCCAGUAACCCCUGAAGUUCAUGUUUUCACAAACGUUCACACGGAUGCAUGUGCCAACAACAUAGCUCAGAGAAGUCAGUCGGUUCCAUUGACAGUCAUGAUGCAAACAGCCUUCCCAAAUGCUCUUCAGAAGCAAACAAACAGUAAAAAAAUAACCAAUGUUUUGUUGAGUAAACUUGAUUCUGACAAUGAUGAUGCAGUGAGAGGUUUGGGCAUGAACAACCUGCCCUCCAAUUAUACAGCCCGGAUGAAUCUCACUCAGAUUUUGGAAACUUCCACCGUCUUUCCUAGUGCCAAUCCGCAGAAUAUGAUCGAUUCCAGCACUUCUAUUUAUGAAUUCCAAGCACCAUCUUACCUCACCAAAAGUAAUAGCACCGAUCAGAUCAGUUUUUCUCCUGGCGAUAAUCAAGCACAAUCAGAAAUUGGAGAGCAACAAUUAGAUUUCAGUAGCACUGUUAAAGACCUGUUGAGUGGAGACAGCUUGCAAACCAACCAGCAGCUGGUAGGUCAGGUAGCAUCUGAUCUCACUAAUCCUGCGUCUGAUUUUUCUAGCGACAUCAGGUUGUCUUCUGAGCUCUCAGGCAGCAUCAAUGAUUUGAACGCUUUAGAUCCAAAUCUACUGUUUGAUCCAGGUCGUCAGCAGGGACAAGAUGAUGAAGCUACACUGGAAGAAUUAAAGAAUGACCCAUUAUUUCAACAAAUUUGCAGUGAAUCCAUGAGCUCUAUGACUUCAUCAGGUUUUGAAUGGAUAGAAAGCAAGGACCACCCUACUGUUGAAAUGUUGGGUUAAAUUGUAUUUUAUAAUAUGUAGCACACUGUAUCGAAAGACAUAUGUAUUGUAUUUGUCUUAAUGGAAGUGCCUCCCGCAGCAGAAACACUUACUAUUAAUUGUGACAUUUUAAGAGUUUGCUGCAGAAGCGGUUUCUUCUUCAGUAGGAAAUGGUUAGACUCGCCUCAGCUCUUAACAAGUUUCUGAAGAGAGUAGGCUGUAGAAAAACAAAUAUUAGGUUUUCAAUUUUAUAAUGUUCCCCAUUUAAUCACAUUGUUUGCUAGUAAACAAAAGAAUAACCAGUUUUUACAA